GGUUUCAUCGAUUCUCGAGUGAACGAACUCAUGAAAAUCCUAGUCCACGUGUGGUCCAAUAGGUGUGAUAAACAAUCGAAAAUCAAAAUUGUGCUACCGAUUAUAUCGAAAUCGUUGUUUACAAUGUGAACCAGUUGUAGUUGUGCAUCACCUUUCGUAUCUAGUUCCGCGUUAGCUCUUUGGAACUUACAAUUAGAGUUUGACGAUGGAUCAUGAGAAAGCGCGAACGUUAAAGUGCCGACGGUAAUCGACGAAGGCGUGUUGAAAGUUCGGUUAGUGCGAGACGUCAGUUUUUCCUUCCUUUUUUAAAGAGAGGGUGGUUUCCUUCCAUUUUGGUCCCUGCACCAGAGAUGGAGAGGAGAAGAAUACCAAGGAGAAGAGGUCUUUCCUCUGCGGAGAUUCAGACGGAAUUAUCAGCAAAUACGUCCACACAACAAUCGGAAGUAAUAGUGAGGCUACCGCCUAUCAACGGGUACUCAGAGAUCACGGGAUGCAUAGAUCGGCCUCACAUUUGUGGAAAAGAAGCGGCCUGUCGUAGCUUCGAAGACAACACGUCCAAGUGUGUCUGUCCACACGAUCUGUCCUCACCAACGUCAGACUUGAAGUGUCCAAAUCGUCUAAUAGUUCCCCCAAAUCCUCGACCUAUACCCAAUAUAAUACCCCCCAAUGGUAAUUCUACCAACAGCACGACAGCUCUUCCAGAAGCUGAGCAGGUAGAGCGAGCGAGACAAAGGGUACCUGAGAUAAUAGGAAUCGCCAUAGCUUUCGUCGCGGUAUUAGCAAUAUUGUUGAGUAUAGUCUACUGUGUGAAGAAACGGGGUUAUAACAUGAAAUCACAAAGGAAUUCCCUGGAUGGAACACCGAUGAAUCUGAAAAAGGGAUUGCUGCUAGCGAAUAAGUACACACCUAAUCCACAGUAUUUCAGUUGCGCCUCGCCGGAAGUACCGAUCCUGCAACGUGAAUCUCUUGUAUUUUUACAAGAUAUUGGUGAGGGGUGUUUCGGAAAAGUGUACAAAGGAGAAUUAUGUAUCGGAGAUUCGAAAGAGGUGGUCGCGAUAAAAGUCUUGAAGGAUACAGCCUCUCGCGAAGCUGAAGAAGAUUUUAUGCGAGAAGUCGACAUCAUGUCUACAUUUGGGCACAGAAAUAUUUUGUCACUGAAAGGUGUCGUGCUUCGAGAAGGUAACAGUAGCCCGUGGAUGGUUUUCGAAUACAUGCCUUACGGAGAUCUCGCUGAAGUUUUGCGAUCAAAUUCCCGUCAAUUUAGCAGACCAACAAAACCCGGGCUGCAGCCUUUAAAUCAAGAAUCUUUACAUUGGAUAACCAUCCAAAUUGCAGCUGGUAUGGCUUACUUAUCAGGUCAAAGAUUCGUCCAUCGAGAUUUGGCGUGCAGAAAUUGUCUAGUUGGUUCUGACCUUGUUGUUAAGAUAGCAGACUUUGGAAUGUCUCGGGAUGUAUAUACUUGUGAUUAUUAUAAAAUAGGAGGUUCUAGACUUUUGCCUGUCCGUUGGAUGUCACCAGAAAGCGUAAUGUACGGUCGUUUCACGCUGGAAAGUGACGUAUGGAGUUUUGGGGUUGUUUUAUGGGAAGUUUACUCUUUCGGCAAACAGCCAUAUUAUGGACACAAUAAUGAAGAAGUAGUGAAGUUGAUUUUCCAAGGUAUAAUGCUUAUACCUCCAGAAGGAUGUCCGCCAUUCGUUUGUCAGUUAAUGCGUGAAUGCUGGAAAACAGAUCCUAAGGAUAGAAUCAAAUUUUCACAAAUAUUAGAAAGACUUGAGAAAGCUAAUGGUAAAUCGAUUCCACAAGAUACAUUACCAAGGCCACCCCAAGGACCAGUCACUAUUCGUACACCAGACGUGUUAGAUCCUGAUGGUUAUUUAUUGCCAGCACCGGCUAAACCACACGAAUACUUACAAGCUUUACCAGCUUUGCCUGAUUGACGAUAAGAUUGAUCAAAAUCAA